GACGGGGGGGGCGGUGGUGGUGGUGUGGAGAUCGCCGCAUUUAAUGAUGAGCAGCAGUCCCUGAUCCCAUUCCCCUCUCUCCCCCUCCGCCAUUAACGGUCACUUCCCUCUCUCUCUCUCUCUCUCUCGCCGCAUAUAUAAGAAGCACUAGCAGCAGCAGCAGCAGCAGCAGCAUUCAUUCAAUACAAUCCUCACUCCUCCGCAUUGAAAACCUCCAUCUCCCUCCUCUCUCUCUCUCUCUCUCUCUCUCUCUGCGCCUGCGCGUUGAAAAGGAGGAAAGGUUCCGAUCCUCGGCGGCGGCGGCGAAGGCGAAUCGGUGGGAAAUGUUGACUUGCAUAGCCUGUUCGAAGCAGCCGCAGCCGCUCAACGGCAGCGGAUCUCGGUCCCUCCCCCAGCAAGAGGACGACGCCGAUGCCGUGGGGACUCCCAGCACCAAGCACGCCAUUAGGGCUCUCACUGCUCAGAUUAAGGACAUGGCUUUGAAGGCUUCGGGGGCGUACAAGAAUUGCAAGCCGUGUUCGGGAUCGAAUCACAACCACAAUCAGAACUGUGCCGACUCCGAGACCGCCUCCGAUCCGGCGAGACUCCACUGUCACUACCGCAGGGCGGGUAGCUUGAACUCGACCCCUAGGUUGUGGGGUAAAGAAAUGGAGUCGAGGCUGAAGGGGCUUUCGAGUGGCGAGACUACGCCCGCGUCCGUGAGUGGCCGUACCGAGUCGGUCGUGUUCAUGGAGGAAGAAGAGCCUAAGGAGUGGGUCGCGCAAGUGGAGCCCGGUGUCCUCAUCACUUUCGUUUCAUUACCUGAGGGAGGAAAUGAACUCAAGCGGAUUCGAUUCAGCCGUGAAAUGUUUAAUAAAUGGCAAGCUCAGAGAUGGUGGGCUGAGAACUGCGACAAAGUCAUGGAACUAUAUAAUGUUCAACAUUUCAACCGCGAAGCAGUGCCACUUCCAACACCUCCAAGGUCCGAAGAUGAGGGCUGCCAGAACGAAUCUGCAAAGGAGAGCCCUGUGACUCCACCACUGAGUAAAGAAUGCCUACCUCGUGAUUAUCACCGCUCAAUGGGGAUGGGCUACUCGUCGUCAGAUUCACUUGAUCACCGCCCGAUGCAAUCUCGUCAUUGCUGCGACUCGGCCGCUCUUGCUGCAACCCCUAAGCUCUCCAGGAUCAGUGGGGUAAAAGCAGAGACAUCUUCUGUGGACGGUUCUAUUUCAUCUAGAGAGGCAGAUCACUCUGGAGAGCUUUCUAUCAGCAAUGCCAGUGAUGUGGAGACUGAAUGGGUUGAACAGGAUGAACCAGGAGUUUAUAUUACUAUCAGAGCUUUGCCAGGUGGCACCAGAGAGCUUAGACGAGUUCGUUUCAGUCGGGAGAGGUUUGGAGAAACGCAUGCCAGAUUAUGGUGGGAACAGAACCGAGCGAGGAUACAAGAACAGUACUUGUGACUUUAAAGAAGUACGAGAUGCGUGCUCCUGGGAAAUUGAUAUGCCCUCUAGAGUCUGUUUAUAUAAGUCUAGCUUCCUGGCAUGUCCUCAUCGGUAUAGCUUUCACCUUUAUUUAACUUUUUCCUCCUAUCUAGUUUGUUGUUAAAUAUGUCCGUGCGUUCUGGAUGUGUAUGUUUUUUUCCCUUUCCAUUUUUUUGGGUAUAGAUGCUUUGAGGUUCAACGUCCGGGAGAUUUGGCGAGAGGUUUUGGGGAUUGAAGAAGAUUAUUGGGAAUGUUAAUUUAAUUACCGAUGUCAAAUACUAAAAUAAACUUCAGUUACGAUGAUAA